CCACCCCUCGGCCCGCCUCGGCGGGAGAGCGACGCGCGUCCCUCGGCCCGCUCGGCCCCGCUCGGCCUCUCCCCGGCCCCGCGCGCUCGGCCGUGCCCGCCCCGGGUCGAGUUCAAAAGGACGCGCGGGGCGCCGUCGCCCUUCCCCGAGGCUCGUCUGACUGGAAAGGUGAGCACGCGGAGGAGGGGACUGAGGGCGGGCCGGCCCGGUCGCCCACACGCACACGACAGGAACUGAAACCGAGAGCGGCCGCGGCUCGGCGGCUCGGCAGGCGAAGGGCGCCCCGGGACGCACGGCCACGCGUUCUCUCCGGGCGCGCGGAUCCGCCCCUCCCUCCAGUGCCUGACCUUUAGCCACGAUGACCAGCUUCCCAGCCACACCUCCUCCUCCAGAAGGACUGCUGACAACCCCAAUUCUGCAGGGCCCCGGGGCCCUAUCCCCAGAAGCCGAAGAAGCCAGCACAGCACUCAUUGCAGUUGUCAUCACCGUGGUCUUCCUCACCCUGCUCUCAGUCGUGAUCUUAAUCUUCUUCUACCUGUACAAGAACAAAGGCACCUACGUCACCUAUGAGCCCGCAGAAGGCGAGCCCAGCGCCACAGUCCAGAUGGAGAGUGAAUCGGCCAAAGGCACAGAGAAGGAAGAGUAUUUCAUCUAAAUGACUCCUGGGCCCUGGGCAGGAUGAUCCUGCCUCCGGCUGUUUUCUCUGGAGCCAGGGGAAAGCACUGAUGGACGUGGGCAAAAUCAGGCUCCUUCCGGGACACGGGCCCAAGUGCCGACUUCGAUGAAUCCAGGGACGUGGAGGAAGCUGCCUGUGCUGUGUUUACUCUAGCACCUGUGUCACCCGAGUGGUCCAAAUGGGGGCCGUUGGAGCAGCUGCACGGUCUUUGCUUUUCUCACAGGUUGAAGAGAGGGCCAAGUCAGGGCCACUGGCUGCUCCCUGCAGUGCCCUCAUCUUCCUGAAGGCCGGCUCCCACGGUGCGGCCUGGCCAGGGGCGCACGAAACUAUGGAGAGCUCAGUGAGCUUCGUCCUGACUAGCGCCCUCCCAUCCCUUCGUCUGCGCUCUUCCUUCCCUCAUUCCUGACAGCCUCAAACUGAAGGCCAUUUGUAUCUUAAUUAAACUUUUCAAUAACUCAGA